CCGACCCUCACGGUAAACCCCGCCCCACCUACGUGUUGUCGGCGAGGAGAGUGACGCGCCGAGGGGCGGGGCCACAGGAGGAAGUUGUUGUUUCUGCUGCAGGAGCUGUUGUCUGUAUUUGACACAACCGGGAUCAGACUCCCGGGAUUUCCUCCCCGAGCUCCGGUGACAGCGCAGCCUGAUGACCGGACCCAGGCCGCCCCCUUCUCCCGUCUAGCCGCCGCUCUCUUCCCGCACACAACAGCCGGGCUCUAUGGAAGUGAUGGAAAGUCCACUGAACCUGGCACAUCAACAAAGCAGAAAAGCAGACCGGUUUCUGGCUAUAGGAAAGUAUGAAGAGGCUAUUGCUUGUCACAGGAAAGCUGCUGCCUACCUCUUGGAAGCCAAAAGAUUGACACAGUCUGAGCAGGCUCAGCUGUCAUUGGAGCUGCAGCGGGAAAGUCAUAUGAAGCAGCAGCUUUUAAUUCAGGAAAGAUUAAAAAGAGCCAAAAGAGAAGAAAAACACAAAGCUCAACAAAAAGCAAUAGCUGCAGAAAAAGAGUUGACCGCGCAUCUCCAGACGUCAUACAGGGCAUCUGCAGAUGACCCCGACAGCCAAAAUGCACUAGUUUCUGCUGGACAGAAAUCCAGUUGUAACCCAGGGAAGACUUUGCAGGAAAUCCACAGUGUCCUUGACAGAGAACCAGACUCUCUACUAUAUCUGCUGCAGAAGAGGAAGGAACCACUGGAACCUUACAAGGCAAAUCGAGUCCCGAAAGACGACAAGGUUAAACUGGAGGAACAGGCUACCAAGAUAAAGGAGCUGAACCUACUGGUGGACACACUCUUGGCCGAAAAUGAGAAACUGAAAAAAGAAAACCGGAAACUUCGUGCAGAGGUGGCGAGACUGCAACAGAACCCAGAGAAGGAGUUAGACAUGGACACAGAUUUUGUGGAAAAGUCUGAGCUGUGGAAUCUACAGCAGCCAACGCCAAGUUCUCCUAACCCUUCAUCUACAUGGCAGAAUUUUGUAGCAAAUACCGGGAAGGUUAAGGGCAUUCCUAUACCUAAUCUUCCUUCUCUAGACAUUCCCUUACCAGAUCUUCCUCCCCUUGAGCUCCCCGAAGAUAUACAAUCACAAAUCACAGAGUUUAAAGGAUUUAUGGAUAGCUAGGGGGGUGACUUACAAUUCAGAGGACAAUCACAAGGGAAGACCAUCUUGGCAGCAAUAUUGGAAGGACCUCUGCGCCUUUGCCAGGAUUUACUAUAGAAGGAAAAAAAAAGUCCAGUGCAUUGGCAGGCAUGACACUGUGAAAUAUACAACCUGAGGUCCUACAUUGAAUACAUUGCGAAACAAAUCCUACAACAGAGAGAAGCGAGCUCUGGAAACACUGCUUUUCCUUAUUUUUAUUUCAAACCAAAUGACUGAUGUAACUUUUAAAGAAACUUUGCUGAAAGUUAUAAGUUAUAUAUGUCAGUUUAUAUAUAAAUUAUAUAUAAAUUCCAUAAUGGCCAUGCAGAACGUCUAUCCUACGUGAUAGCACAACCUCUGUAUUCUUAGCCUAUGCUUUCUAUCAUGCAUUCAGAAUGUACACAUUUUGUUAUGCACAGAUUAUUAACUCUGAAAUCACGUGUGUACCCCAGACACACAAAACAAUUACAUGUGCCACAUUGCACUCCUAGAUCUUACCCUCAAACCAACAAGGAGAUGUAAAAAAAAAAAAAAAUUCCGGAACCAAAUUACGUGUUAUUUCUAAAUAAUCGGUUUACAAAAUGGAAAAAACAAAUCAGGGUGCAUCAUAUCUUUGCUGUUAUUAAAGUAUGUGUUAUGCAUUGUUUAAAAUACUUACUGAAAAGAUAUCAGUAUCUCAAUAUAACAGUGCAUGAGUGCAAGAUAUGCUGAAUGGCAGUAUUUGAUUGACAAUAAUAAAGAGUGUUUAUAUCUG